GUCAUAACCUCACCUAGGUUUUCAGGUUUUACUGUUUUCAAUUUUCACAUUCUUCAAUCUGUGGAGAUUUUAAUUGUUGCUGUAUCUAUACCGAUUUUGAGACGAAAUGGUCCGUAAAUUGAAAUAUCAUGAAAAGAAGCUUCUGAAGAAGGUUGAUUUCAUCGAUUGGUCAGUAGAUAACAAUUUACACGAAGUCAAGAUAUUAAAGAGAUAUCAUAUCCAGAAACGGGAAGACUAUACGACGUAUAACAAGUUGGCUAGAAACAUUCGGGACUUGGCAAGGAAGAUCAAGGAAAUGGAUCCAAAAAGUCCAUUGCGUACAGAAUGGAGCGCCAGCUUAAUUGAAAAAUUAUAUGUUAUGGGACUCAUUCCAACCAGAUGGGAUUUAAGCUUGGCAGAUAAAGUUACAGCAUCUUGUUUUUGUCGGAGAAGGUUACCAGUUGUGAUGGUGAGAAGUAAAAUGGCAGAGUCAAUAAAGGGGGCAGUAAAAUUGAUUGAACAGGGACAUGUUAGAAUAGGACCAGAACUAGUAAAAGAUCCAGCUCUCUUAGUUACGAGAACACUAGAGGACUUCAUUACUUGGGUUGAUGAAUCGAAGAUCAAAAAGCAUAUUGAGGAGUACAAUGGAUUGAGAGAUGACUUCGUUUUGUGAAUUCCCUGAUAUUGGAGAUAUCUGCAAGUAUACAACAAGUAUAAUUCAUCAGAGAAGAAAUACUUAUAUUGAGGCUGUAAAUAUAUGUACAUUAGUUAGGUUUACUCUUUUUAUAACAAUAAAUGAAUUCUGAUGAA